AUUACCCAAAUUGUAGUGGAUAAAUAAUAGUAUUAAUAUCUUUUACCUAAUACAUAUAUUAAUUAUCAAACACUUUUUAGACAGUUUAGAUUAUACUUUUUAGUAUUACUAGUUUUUCCACAAUAUUGUUUUCUACUAAUUUUUCAUUAAUGUUAUUCUGCUAUACUAUGGAUAAAUUAUGUCAGCUAGACUAGGGACCGGAUUACUAUUUCUAACAUUUUGAGGGAAUGCUCUCAAUUCCAAGGUAACAUACCAAUAUACCAAUGGAUUUUAAAACAACCUAUUUUGUAUGUUGGGAAUUCCCUCUGCUAGUUGUACAAUAAUAAUUCCUUUAUACCUUUAAGCAAAAAAGAAAAGUUUUGCAGCCCAGAAACCUAACCACUUACUAUGGAAUAUUAUUACCACAAGAAAAAUCUUUUAUAAGUUACAAUGAACUUAAAACUAAAUCUAUUUACAAUUUGAAGAGAAAAUGUUUUUCUUGAUAAACUCUGAUGCUUUUGAAACUAACACAGUUUUAGUAACCACAAAAAUGUUAUAUAUCAGGUUUUAGUUAUUUUGUCUUCUUAGCAGUUACUUAGCUUAACUUUUUUGUCUUAUUUAAAUCUUGUUUGUAAAUGUUCAUUCAAGAUGCUAACCCUUUGGAGGAGAGGCAGUUGCAGUUUAUGUACAUGGUCUUUAGCAUUGAACACUAUUGACCUUUUCUGGAUUUUCAUGACACAUAUCAUGGUUCCCCUCCCACUUGUGUGAACACUUCAGUCUUCCUUAACUAUUAUCAUCUAUUUCAUGCCCACUAUAGUGGAUGUAGUCCAUGGCUCUGUCCCAGGUCUUCUUUUCUCUGCACUCUCAAUUAGUUAUCUUAUAUCUACCUAAUCUCUUCCAAACUAUUCUUGCCUCACCAACUGCUUAAUGAAUGUUUUGAACUGGAUGUCACAUGGAAAUCUCAAACUCCAUAUGCCCAAGAACAUUUUCUUACUACUCACACCCCCACACACACAUUCCUCUUUUGAAUUUUCCUGUUUGUUUUGAGGUUACUAGUGUUCUGUUAUUCAUUUUGAUUCCCAAGUUAUCUGAGAUUUCUUGGCCCACACGUCCAAGUCGUUGCCAGUCUCAUCAUUUCUACCAUUAGCAUGUCUCUCACCCCUUCCCUUUCACUUCAGGCACAUAGGCACCACCCUAGUCCAAACCUUUUAGCACCUUUCUUCCCCUGAAGUAUUGUAAUAACCUGCUUGCUGGUGUUCCUGGUGGGUCUUUACCCCCUGUGAUUCAUCUUCCACACAGCUGCCAAAGUGACUUUCCUAAAAACAUAGGAUCAGCCAUGUCAGGAACCAUUCAGGAAUGUCCUAGUGGCUUCUGAGCAUCCCUGGGAUCAAAUGUAAUUGUUUCAUGGUUCAAGAAUGCCCUUCACUACUUGACUCCAAUUUCGUUUUCCAUCUAUUCUCCCACCUCUAGAUGUCAUGCCCAGCCAAACUGACCUUGCUGUUGGUCAGACAUGGCCCUUCAUCUAGUGCCACUAUUCCUGAUUCCCCACAGCCACUUAGAAACCCUAACUCCAGUGCUCGGUUCAAGUAGUACUUGCUCUAAUGAAAUUUUUCAUGAUUCAGUUUCUCUUGCCUUCCUCUCCCUACCUCCAAUACUUUGUAUUCAGAUGUAUCUGUAUACACUUUGGGUCUCAUGCUACAAUCAGCUGAGGGUGAUUAUUUGUGAGUUGUCUCUGACUUGAGGCUUGCAGCCUGUUUUUGGUUGCCUAAUGUGAGUCUCUAAUAGUAGGAAGUACAAAUACAAAAUUGCAAUAAAGAUGCUCUGGUAGAAAAUAAGUUGUAGUUUAGGCAAAAAUUAUUUGUGAAGACUGAUAGGUUAACUGAGAAUUACAGGACUCUGCUAAUAUUCUUUCUGCCUCUUAAAUACUGAGUCCUGUAACUCAGUUAACCUAUCAGCUUCCCUUCAUUUUUUGUAGAUAAAGAAAUUGUCUCAGGGAUUAGAUUUUCACAAGACCACAGGUAGGGAGGUAGAAACAGAAUUUUAAGAUUUGGUCUCUCUUACUAUUAUAUUAUGCAUUCAGGGGGUGUCAUACCUUUGCCAGAUCGUUUUUUCAUGCAUACAAGUGUCAAAGACCUUUGUGAUUUUUUAAAUGUGGUUUUUAAUCUCUCCAAAUUUAAGGAAGGCAAUGGUGUGUUGUGUUAUUAUAUAAGUUAAGGAAUUUAUCAGAUAGUUGUGUUACAUGAUAUAUUUUAAACCAGGUCCUUUAGUUCAGUCUGGUGGGCUUUACUAUCAAAGGAACAAAAUUUUCCUCAUUUCAGCUAGCUCAGACUAGAGAGAGAGAUAUCAGCUGAAUUCAAGCUAAGGAAUGUCUUUAAUGUGAAACAGAUUUGUUUUAAGAGUCUCAUUCCUCUGUGAUCUGAGAAGGGUAGAAAGUCACUGUACAAAGAAGGUUCUUAGGCAAAAUACUUCUUUGAAGAUAGGCCCAACAGGCACUUAGCCUCUUGUGUAUGGUUGGUUGUGCUUUUCUUAAUAAAUGUUGCUGACUAGUAUAAUUGAAAAACAGCAGGACUAGGAAUACAGAGACCUAGACUAAAAUCCUAUUUCUGUAACUCAUCUUGUGACACAUAAACUGUGCACCUCUUAGUGCCUCAGUUUCCUUAUCUGUCAGGCAGAUAAGACAGGGCUAUUUUGAGGUUGAAAUGAACCCAGAGACAUGAAAAUUCUUUACAAAUUUGUAAGAUCGCCUUCUACUCUCAACAUUUUAAAGAUGAGGAAACUGAGGCCCAGAUAAGUAAAUAGUCAUAGGCAACAAUAUUGUGAUUCAAACUCAGAUCCUUCUGACUUCAGAUCCAGGCCAUCUUUCCACUACUCCACAUUGUCUUCCCAGGAAAUGUUAAUUGUCUCUAUCCUUCCUUAGGUUUUCCACAAAACAAAUGAAAACGAAGAACUUUGAAAACUAAAAUUCAAUAGUUCAGAAAUGUUUAUUUUCAUCCUAUCUUUUUUUGUUCAUCCUGAUAUUAUGAUUGAAAUGGGCAUGAAAUUUACCCACUACAAGGGAUGGAUCUAUUUGUCAAAAUUUAUGUCAAACAUUACUAGCUUUUCAUAAAUCUUAAUGAAAAUGACCCCAGGAGACAAGGCAGUAAAGCCUAAUGAACUUUUGGCUAAACUUGGAUUCUUCCUUGACAAGUGAGGGAAAAUAGUAACCUGUGCCUGGAAGUGGUUCUUAACAAGCUAAUAAAAGAAUUUUCUGGCCUAUUCAUGGGGGUCAUCCUAUUUGUGCCCCAAAUGAGUCUUAGACCAGUAUUGUUGACAUUUUUUUAUACCAACCUUUUUGAUGUACCAUGUCUAAAUCUAGAGGUUAAUUUGCCAAUUGCUGGAAAUUUCUGCUUCCAUACCAUAGGCAGUAUAAAAGACAUGAAUUUUUUUUUUUGCUUUUGGAACUUAGUGUUUAUUUGCUACUUGUUUUAAAUGCCAAAUUACCAACAGAGCUUACGGUCACUUAAUAUAGUUAUUAGCAGUCAUAACUAGAAUAUAUUUGUGCUUCUGGCUUCUGUAGUUGAGUUUUCAUUCCCAAAUCAUCUUUUCUUGGGGGUGGGGAGGAUCUAUGUUCUCCAGUCCUCUGAUGUAUACAUACUGGCUCUCUCUGAUCCUACAGAAGUAAUUUCAUUUCUCAGAGCUCUAGGCAACUCUCAAGACUAUUAAGUUCCAGAGUUGGGUGCAUUGGUAGAGAAAUUUACUCGCUCGUAGCUUCCCACACCAGUGAAAUCACAGGUCAGUUUUUCCCUCCCCCAAAGAAAAUAUCCAUCCUACUUCCAUACCAGAUAACUCAAAAGUAAGCUUAAUGAAACAAAUCCAUUGUACAACAUAGAAAUAAUUGAAGUUAAUCAAAUCUUUGUCAUUUAACAGUGUAAAUUAACUCAUGUGUUUUUAAAAUACAGAAAAAAGCAUUUGGAAGUAAAGUUAUUCAAAAUGUGAGCUACUCUACUGAGUUAAGCAGUUGUUCAACCUUUAAGUUUAAGUUUUAGGCAAUGCCCACAUUUUAAAGACUCCUUUUUCAUUUUUUUUUUGAGGGGAGGGAAGGUUCUAUGUUCAGAAAACUGAGACUUAGCUAGUAUUGCAUAACUGAAAACAAUGAUUUUAAAAAUAAUAUGCCUGAAUUGUCACGAAACUCAAAAGGUCUUACAACUUUCCACCUAGGCAGCGAGGUGGUACAAAGGAUAGAAUACUAGGCCUAGAUUCAGGAAGACCUAACUAAAAUCAGCCUUGGAUGCUUACUAACCAUGUGACUGGGCAAAUCUCUUAACCUGUCUCUGCUUCUGUCUCCUCAGUAAAAUGUAUAUGAUAAUAAUAGCACUAUUGAGAUCAAGACUAUUGAGGAUCAAAUGAGAUACAAUUUGUACUUAAAUGUACUUAGCAUAGUGCCUGGCACAUACUGGACACUUAGUAAAAGUGGCCUUUUUAGUAAAAGUUAUUCCCUUCAAACCUCCCACAAAUCCAUGUAUCUCCUUCAAAUCUGGCUAAAAAAUUUACUCCUUUAGGAAGCCUUCCCUGACCAAGACAAACCAAAUUGAUAAUACUUUUGUGUAAAAGCUGUGAUUGACAAUCUGUUCUCUACACCUAUGCCCCAAACCUGUUGUUGCUCUGUAUUUUCAAGACCUGAUCCUCUUUUUUCUUUCUGCUUGUGUUACCAACAUUCACUCACUCUGCCUAUGUCUAAAAAUCCAGGAUCAUGUCUGCCCUUGUUUUCUCUCAUGUUUUGUAUCUAGUCAGUUUUUAAGACCUAUUAAUUCUACCUCUUUAUCUCACAUCUGUCCUUCCCCACCCCACCCCCUUUUUUUCUAUUAAAAUCCUAGUAUAGGUCUACUACCUACUUGUGUUGUAGUUCAGUUGUUGUGUGACUGUGUGACUGACCUCAUUUGGAGUUUUCUUGGCAAAGAUCCUGGUUUGCCAUUUCCUUCUCCAGCUCAUUUAUAGAUGAGGAAACUGAGGCAACCAGGGUUAAGGUACUUGACACUAUAACAGCUAAUUACUCAGCUAAUAAAGUGUUUGAGGCUGGUUUUGAACUGAGGAAAAUCAGUCUUCCAGACUCCAGGCCUGGCCCUCUUAUCUACUGAACCAUCUAGCUGCCCCCACUACCUACUUAGACUGUUGCAAUAAUUUCUUACCAAAUUGUUCCACCUCCACUCGCUACCACAAUUCAUACUUAGUUUCUGCCAAAUGAGUUUUCUUUCAGUUUAUCACUUCUCAAAAUAAUUGAGCGGCUCCCUAUUGGUGACUGAAUAAAGUCCAAGUUCUUAAACUACACUUGAUUUAUAUGUAUGUAUGUAUGUAUGUAUGUAUGUAUGUACGUAUAUAAAUCUCUCCUUAGAAAACACCUCCCUACCAUUCAUUCCCACCAUGAAUCCUACAUUCCAACCAAACUGGAUUAUCAACUAUUCCUUGAACAACCCCCCUGGCCUUUCCCUGUAAUAUCUUUUUAAAAUUGUGUUCCUAUCAAUUAUUAGUAUUGUUGAUUGUACCUCUAUGAUAUCUCAAUGAUUUUUAUUUGUCACCAGCUGCUCUCUCUUUUUUUUUUUAAACCCUUACCUUCUGUCUUAGAAUCAAUACUAUAUAUUGGUUCCAAGGCAGAAGAGUGAUAAGGGCUAGGCAAUAGGAAUUAAGUGACUUCCCCAGAGUCACACAGUUGGGAAGUCUCUGAGGUCAGAUUUGAACCUAGGCCUCAUCUCUAGGCUUGACUCUCAAUCCACUGAGCUACCCAGCUGCCCCCCUCCUCUCCUUUAAGUCUACUGUCAUAUCAUCUUCCCCAUACCACCUCCUUGUUAACUGCAUCACCAGGAAAUUUAUCAACAUAGAGAAUACUUCAGCUUUGGCACUUAAACCUCAUCAAGUACCGUCACUUGCUUCUACUCCUUUGGUCAGAGGGCAGAGCAAAAAAACCUACUCCCACAAUACCAUGGAGGGCUCAAAAUGCCAACCAUUUGUCUCUAGCUACUCUACAUGGUUUGGACUCUACCAUCAAUAUUAUGCCCCUUCUAGGUACUCUGCAAUGCCCCCCAUUCUCUCUUUUUAGCUUUCUUUUGUGUAUUAUAGUCUUCAUUUAGAUUGUGAGCUCAUUGAGGGCAAGGACUGUCUUUUUCCUCUUGGUAUCCCCUGUGAUUAGAAUAAUACCUGACACAAAGUAGGCUCUUGACAAACGUUUAUUUUAUCAUCUUACCUCCACUCAAAUACCAGCCACCAUUCUGAUUCCAGACCUUCAUCUCCUCUUGCUUGUAUAGCUGCAAUAGCCUUGUAAUUGAUUGCCCUGUUUCUGUUCUCUCCUCAUGUCUACCCUUCCCAGAGCUGCCAUUUUGAUGUACUAAAACACUAGUCUAUGUCAUUCCCAUGUUUGAGAAACUUCAUUGGUUCCUUUUUGGCUCUAGAAUAAAAUAGAAAUUCUAUUUAGCAUUUAAAGCAUCACCAUGCUUCAACUUGUCUGCCCAGUUUCACAUUGCUCUCUCAGCCAAACUCCCCUACUUGUUCAAAAUACUUGUCCAGAAUUUUUCUCCAUACUUUGUUAUAUCCAUGUUAUCUUCAUCUCUGCUUCUUGGAGUCCUGAGCUUCUCCCAGAUUUGGACUCUUAUCACCAUUGCCUAAACAAGCCUUCUUGAUCCCCUACCUAAGUUGUUAGUACUCUUUCCUUCUCUUGUCAAAAAACCAAUGUAUUUGCUUUGUAUAUAUUUGUUUACAUGUUAUUUCCUCAGUAGAAUGUAAGCUACCUGAAAGCAGAGUUCUUCCCUUUUUUUUAAACCCUCACCUUCCAUCUCAGAAUCAAUACUAUGUAUUGGUUCCAAGGCAGAAGAGUGGUAAGGGCUAGGCAAUGGGGGUCAAGUGACUUGCUCAGUGUCACACAGCUAGGAAGUGUCUGAGGUCAGAUUUGAACCUAGGACCUCCUGUCUCUAGGCCUGGCUGCCACUUUCUUUAAAAAAAAUCUAUGUAUUCCUAGCCAUAGCAUAUUAUAUACCUGGCAUUUAAUAUAUACUCAUUACAUCCUUAUUAAAUUGAGUUGAAAUACUACCUCCCACAUCUUCAAGCUCUCAAUCUAUGAUUCUUUGAAAUCUUCCCUCAUUCCCCAGAUUAGUAAUGAUUUCCUCCCUGAGACCUCAUAGAAUUAUUUUUGUACCUUUAUAAAGAAUUUAACAUAAUAUUGUUCAUAAAUAAUUACCAUGUAUAUUAUAGUUACCAAAGAAACAUUUCCAAUGAGGAGAAAAAAGGAACUAUCUAAAGAAACCAAUGCGGAUGCACAGGGAACUCACCAGCCAACUUAGAUUUUUAUAAGGCAUGUACAGAAGAUGGAAACAAGGGCAGGUGAUGGAUACAAAAUUCAGAAGCAGAGUGACAUUCUGUAAGCAUAGUGUCAGGAAUGCUAGGCUUCACAACCAGCAUAGGCUAGUGAGGAAAGAUAAGGACAACAAAAAGAUUUUUUAAGAGGCUAAUUUGGGGAAAAGAGGCUCAAAGAAGGAAUUAAGACCAUUUCUCAGGGAGGAUGGGAUGAUGAAAGAAGGCAGAGCUGUUCAACUCUUAUUUUGCUUCUGUUUUCUCUGCAGAAUCACAGAAGCAAGAAUUUCAGAAUUGGAAGGGACCUCAUUUGCCAUCUAGCCAACCUAGACCUGAAAAGGAAUCUCUACUACAAAAUAUCCAACAAGUGGUCAUCCAACCUCUACUUGAAGACCUCUAAUGAGGGGGAACCUGCUACUUUACAAAGCAACCUAUUCCACUUAUGGAUAUCUAAAAUUGUUAGGAAGUGUUUCCAGACAUUAAGCCUAAAUUUUCCUAUUUUUCUACCCAUUGUUUCUGUUUGGUCUCAGAAGAAUUCCUUUGCCAUUUACCUCUUCUCAUACCUGAAGAAAACAAUCAUUACCCAUCCUGAGUUUUUUCUUCUACAAAAUAAGCAUUCUCAGCAGACCUUUCAGUUAAUCCUCAUUUCACACAUUCAAGACCCUUCACCAUCUUGAUCUAUGAAGGAGAAUGAUGUUUAAACUGGAAAAAAAAAGCAGUUCAAAAAUGGAUAAUAAACCCAAGAGAAUAAGGGAGAUAAGAGAGCAUCUAAUUGUCCUUGUUGAGUUCAAAUCAUCUGGCACAGAUGAACUCAUCUCAAGUAUUGAAAGAACUGACAAAUAAUUGGUUGGGCCACUUGUCAAUAACCUCUGAAAGAUCCUAAAAAAUGGGAGAGAUGCCUCAUUACUGAAAAAGAAUAGUUGUUUCAGUUUUAAAAAGGGAAGACAACAGAGUCUAAAAACUAUAAGCCAGCAAGCUUAAAUUAGAUUUCUAGGAAAUUUUAGAAAAUAAUAUUAAAGGAAUGUUCAAAAAGAUGGAAAAAAAUAAGUCAGUAGCUCAUUAAGCAUCAUCACUGUUUCAAGGAUAGCUCAUUACCUGACUUAACCACAUUUCCUUUUUGGACAGUGAACUAGACUGGUGUUUCAGAGGGAUUCUGUAGAUAUGGUUUACCUGGAUUUUUAACAAAGGAUUUGACACAAUAUCUCAUGCUCUUGAAGGUAGGGCUAAGAGAAGUUGGCAGGAUAAUGCAGUUAAGUAAAUAUGGCCCUGGUUGGAUAGCCAGCCCCAAAGAAUAGACAUUAAUAGUCUGAGCUUUACUUGGAAUGUUCAGGAGCGUGAGUUUUGCUCUGUUCUGCUUGAUACUUUUACCAAUAACUUGGAAAGAGGCACAGCUGGGAUGUUUAUAAAAUUGACUGAUGGCCCAAAGCUGGGAGGGAUCCAUAAUGUUUAGAUGAUAAAAGGUCUUGAUUGGCUAGAACCUAAACUGAGUCUCAUUAGGUGAACUUUAAUAGGAAUAAUUGUAAAGUCUUCCAUUUAAGAUUUUUAAAAAAUCAACCUCACAAAUGUACCACAGGAUGUUAUGGUGAGACAGCAGUCAUCUGAACAACUGGAGUUUCCAUGGACUGAAAGCUCAACGCGCACCAACUAUGGGAUACAACAAUACCUAUGAAAAGGAUCAGUGAAUGCAACUUUGUGGGAACUUCACCAAAGAUUGGAAAGCAACAGAUAAAUCUUAGGGAGUCUCUAGAACCUCUUCAGAAGGAUUAAGUGACUUGCCCAGUCACACAGCUAGCACCAGAGAUACAAUGAUUUUUUUUUUUAAUGAAGUAACCUCUGCCCUCAAGCAGCUUAUGUUCUGUCAGAGGAAACAUGUACCUAUUUAAGUAGAAAUGAAAUAUAUGCAAAGUAAAUACAAGGUAAUUUUACCAUUCUCAUCUAUUCCCAUCGUUGCAAUUGAAUCAGUCAGUCCAGCAUGGUUGCUUAUCACUCUAGCUUUAUAAUCCUAAAAUCCUCUCAAUUAAGUGCUUACUGUAUACUAGGUACUGUGCUAGGUGCACUAGUGAUACAAAGAGGCAAAUGAAAUACUUUCAAGAAGUCACAUUCUAAUGAGAAACAUGUAAAUAUAAGUCAAAUAGAGGGAGAGAAAUUGGACCUAUGAUUGCCUUAGUAUGUGGAAUCUCCAGUUGAGUUUCUUUCCUUUACCCAUACAAAAAAUGAGCACCUUCUUUUACCUUUUAUAUAGGCUUUAGAGAGUUACCUCAAGUACUGAAGUGAAAAGCCUGGCCCAGACCCAGGCAGUAUGUUUCAGAAGCAGGACUUGAAACCAACUCUGGACACUAUAUCAUCCUACCUUUCAAAAUAUAUGCAUAGUAUAUUUUUGAAAGCAUUAAAAAAAUACAAGGUUGUGGAGGGAGGUAUAUUUUAAUCUAGUUGGGAGGUCUUUGAAAGGGUUACGGGCCACAUGGGACAUGCUCAACACUAGUUUGAAUGUUUUCUUGCCUUGGAAGUAGUUCCUCCACCCCCUCUCCCCUGAUUGCAGAAUCAUGAAGUCACCUCAGCCAUUGUUCCUACAAGGGAGUGUCUGCUUACUGUCCCAGCUAUUUUCAACAUCCACAUGCCUUUCCUUGGCCAUCAUCCCCUUUCUGGUGCCAAUCCCUUAGCAUGUUAAUAUGGAAAGUCCAUAGCUCUCUAAUAAAAUGCUUUUUUCAUUGAUCUAAAAAGCAAUAGGAAGUCCCUAGAGCUUCCUGAGGGGUGGGGACUGACAUGCUCAGACCUGUGCUUUAGAAACUUCAAUUUGGCAACUAUAUGGAGUAGGGAUGGGAAAGGUGAAAGUCUGCAGGGAUGCCAGCUUGUAAAGUGGCAGAAGUGGGUUGAGAACCCAGGCCUUUCAAACUCUUCACAAUGCCUUAAUACCUUUGUAUAUGAUAUAGUAGUUUGAAAAGUCAAUAUCAUCUUAGGUUGCAAAAAGGGAGGCAACUAGAUGAUCCUCCCAUUCUAGGCAGAGUGGAUAGCUGUACAACUAUUGCCAAGUUACUUAGCCCCUUUGAGCUCCCAUUUCCAUGUCUGUAAGAUAAGAAAGGGUGGUUGUGAGGUUCAAGAAAGUUAAUAUAAUUUAAUAUUUGUUUCUUUUAAGAUUUAAAACACUUUGCAGACCUGAAGGUGUGGUAUAACUCAUGAUCAUGCUCCUGUGUUAGACUAUAUCAUUCUGGAAAGGAAAAUAAACUGAUAAAAGGUAGAAUGGCUUAGUAGCUAGCAGCAAGGAAGACACAGUUUAAGUUUUACCUUUGAUGAAUAUUGGCUGGGUGACCCUGGGUAGGUCACUUUAUCUUGAUACCAUAAGUUGAUCUUAUAAGACAACAUAUUUCAAGAAAGUGAAGACCUGCACUGGCAGGGAAUUCCCAUAUGAGAGUAACCUAGACCUCUUGGUCAUAACAAUUCUGGUCCAAUCCCUAUCCUUUUUUUGAUAAACUAUUGAGCAUUCCAAUAAGGAUAGCAAAGAGUUCAUUCUCAGAAAUUUACUAGCUUUGUGACUCUGGUCAAGUUUCAUAACCUGUACAGUAAUAGCACCUAUGCUCACAGAGCUGUUGUAAGGAUCAAAUGAGACAGUAUAAAACACUUAACACAGUGCCUGCACAUAGUACAUGCUUAAAUAUUUGUUCCCUUAUCCACUGUCUUUAAGCAAAGAUUUCUAUAAAACAUUAGGGAAAUUAUUUAAGGCAAUUGGCCUUCUUUCAAAGGUAUGGUGCCUAUUAGUCUAAAUGAACUUUUAAGAAUAAUCUGAAAAGAGCAGUCUUCUUGUAGUGUUGUAGUCCUAGCUUUUCUACAAUCUUUGUGAUCAUUGGGAAUGCAUUUGGUUCCUCUGGGACUUAAUUUCUUCAUCUAUAAAGAUGAAAGAGUUGAAUUAAAUAAUUGCAAAGAUGAAAGAGUUGAAUUAAAUAAUUGCUAGGGUCCCAUCCAAGCUUGAAUAUCCUAAUAUUCUGUAAUGAUAAUGAAGUGAGACAUUCUUUGUCAUCUCCUCGAAUAUUAGCCAGCAGGAGGUAUUCUCAUUUAUUUCUCCAUGUGGUCCUGGGCUUAAAAGUAAAUUGGCAGCUGUUCUACAAUUUAUGGAUUUAAAGUGGAACUCUUAAUGUGUGUGCAUGUUUGUGUGUGUGUUGUGAGUCCUUUUGACAGCCUAUGUCCUAUUCCUCAGAAUGUUUUUAAAUAGAUAAAAUCAAAUAUAUAAGAUUAUAAAAGAAACAAAAUAUGUGGAAUUAUUGUUUCCAGAAUUUUUUUUCCUAAAAAUAAAUUCUCAUAUGGCAGCUAGGUAGCUCAAGGAAUAGAGCCAGGCCUAGAGACAGGAGGUCCUGGGUUCAAAUGUGACCUCAGACACUUCCUUGCUGGGUGACCCAGGUCAAGUCACUUAACCCCCAUUGCCUAACUCUUACCACUCUUCUGCCUUAGAACUGAUACUUGGUAUCAAUUCUAAGACAGUAGGUAAGGAUUUUUUUUAAUAGUUAUUAAAUCUGAGUUGAUGAACAUGUUUAGAGAGUUACCUGGGGCACAGAGAGAUUAUAGGAUUUUGUCCAGGAUCUAUGUCACAACACAGUCUUAUAGUCUGUCCAGGAUCUAUAUGGGUCAGAGGGAUAAUUUGAGUUCAAGCCUUCCUGGCUCCAAGUCUAAUUCUCUAUUAUUGCCAUGUUGUGUAUUAUAACAUAAAUAAUAAGCAAUGUCUAAAGCAAUUAAAAAUAAUAUGGGGUUAUAUCAAUUAUAUGUGAAUUUAUUGGCACUUCUGAAAAGAGACAGUUUGGAAGAGUAGAAAGAUUGUUGGUCUUGAGGUUGAGUGUUGGGUUGGUAUCCUUUAACACUUAACUAGCUUUGGGUACAUGGUAAGACACUUUAACCUCUCUGAGACUCCUUAUCUGUAAAAUUGGAAUGAUGACAACACUUGCCUCAAAAGGUUAUUGCGAGGAUCAAAUAAGAUAUGUGUGAAGUGCUUUGUAAAUCUUAAAACUAUGAACAAGCUAUAAAAAUAUGCUAAUCAAAGGUCAGUAUUUUGAGAACAUAGUAAACUUUGGAUUCUUAAAGAAUUGCUUAUCUAAUUCAUGAUUGGGCAGGUCCCUAAGAUUUCCUGCACCCAUAUGUUAUUUUUUUCUUAAAGUAGGCUGAGCAUAGAAAAAAAAGGCAUAAUAUUCCAACCAGUUGUUUCAGAACUUAGUAGCAGCUUUGCUAUUUGUUAGUAGCUGGUAAAACAAAACAAAUACCCUAAGCCAAAUUUUAAAAGAAAGCCUACUAUAGAAUUGGUUAAAAUAGGAAUAUUCUUAUUAGCAAGUUAGUAAUAAUCCCUGCAUAAUGGAUUAACUGGGGUUAAGUCCAACUUCCAUCAUUACCUGGUUUGUUGCCUUCAGUGCUGUGUCUAGUAUAUGUAUUGGUACACCAUAAGCAUGGUCUGAUGAUGGCAAAAUUACCAGAGUCUUAGAGUCUGGAAUUAACAUGGACAUGUCAUUCCAGGCAUUGUGUAAUCUUUAAAAGAAUUUAAUUCAUCAACAAAUUUAUUAAGCACCUAUUAUGUGCAGGGCUGAAGACUGUGGUGUCUGGUUCUAAAGUCCUUCCUUUUCUUCACAUUGGCUGUAUAACUAUGGACAAGUCAUUGAUUUAAUCUCUCAGAACCCACAGGUGACUCUCUUAGCCUAUAAAUUACAGGAGAAUUGUUGAUCUGCCUUGUAGAAGGAGUCUUUGCCCUGUGAGGUCCCCAUUAUGAUGAAAUCACAGUUCUGGACUUAAAAAGAAUGUUGUGGCAUUGCAAAAACAAAACCUUCCCUGUUCUCUAGGAAGGUUUAUGCUAUACUGAAAAGAGAAGGAGGGGAGGGUGUGUGUGUAUUUUUUUUUCCUUUUGAUAUCUAAAAUUAGGAAUAAGGAUUCUGGAACUGGACCUGGAAUUUCAUGAAUAUAGGGAACUCUCCUAGCUGAGAAAAUUACCUUUAUUGUUGGAGGUCAGCACUUUCUCUGCCAUUUUCCUGGAGCACUGAGAAGGUGAAGUGAUUUGCCAAGGAUCACACAGUCAAAUAAAUCAAGAGCAGAAUUAGAACCUAGGUAUGUCUGGUUCCAAGGCCUAGCUCUUUUACCUGCUAUGCUAUGCUGCUUUAACCUGGCUUUAAAUAAGUUUCAGUAUAGUGGAGAAAUAAUGGGAGGAACUAGGUUCAAAUCUGGCCUCAGACACUUCCUAGCUCUGUGACCCUGGGCAAGUCACUUAACCCCCAUUGUCUAGCCCUUAUUGGUCUUCUGCCUUCUAUCAAUACAUAGUAUUAAUUCUGAGACAGAAGGUAAGGGUUUAAAAAUUUUUUAAGUGGAGAAAUAGUUCUUCUUUACUUUUCAAUCUAAUUUAUGGACAGAAGGCCCACAUAAAACACUAAUGAUUUGCAUUUUACUUUAGUUGCUUUCCUGAUUUUCCUUCAUUUCAUUGCCUUGUCCCUAAGUGUUAAGUACUAAUUCCCACAGUAAAUUCCCUAAAACAUUUAGGUGAAAAGAGCAACUAACCACGAAGUAGGAAGAGGUCCUGUCACCUAGAUCUUUCCAUAUAACUUUGGGUGAAUUACUUAGCCUCUACGGGCCUCUAAAUCUGUGAUCUGAGGCAGGCGGUGCUGUGGAACACUUAGAGCUUGGUCAGACAUCAAAGGCUCCAAUGUCAUCCAUCCACUGAUCCCCCGCAAUUUCCAGUCGUCUUUUGUCUUGAAGCUGGACUUCAAUGACUUUGGGGAAAAAAGUGAGGCUGUCGAUUUUUUUGUAACUUUGCUUCACUUAAAUCCAAUUCCCUCCCAAGUAAGACAUCACCCUGUGAAGUCACUGGACCUCUCCAAAAACAAAGGAUGAACUACAAUGAUGUAGAGUGAUAGAAAGAAUUCCAAAGAGUUGACUUUUUUGCAUAAAUCUACAUAAUUAUUGACAUACAUCAGUAAGCUAUAAGUUAUGCAACUAUUGGACUUGUACUUAAAAUGUUAGUGGUCUAUUUUAGGGUUAUUUUGUUUUCUGACCACCUAAACCAUGAUAAUAGUGCUUUGAAGUUUGCAGAGAGCUUGACUGAAACUUAUUUGAGUCUCAAGACCUCCAUGGAAUAAGUGAUUACCCCCAUUUUACAGCUGAGGAAACCAAGGUUCAGAAAGGUUAAGUAAUUUGCCCAAUGUCACACAAUACUUUGUUUUUCGUGAUGAGGCACGCCAGAGGAGGGGAACGAUAUGCACCACUAAUAAACAAAGCAUAACUUAAAAGCAAAAACCUCCGCGCAAAAUAAGAAAAGCUACUUAUUCUCUAGAUUAACACUGGCUUGUGAAAUGAAAAGCCAAUCUCCAGUGCAACUGGGCGUCCAGGAAAGGAGGCGGGGAUGAAUCUUUGGGAUCUGCAUGAUUUAGUAUGAGUGACAGGUGCAGGAGAAACCACAUGUGGUCCGGCCUCUUGCGUUUCCGACUGCCUUGCUCCCAGCCACUACAGUUGCAAAGCUGAAAUCUGACUGUCCUUCCACAUUUACUAACCUUGCUCCCAAACCACAUUACUCUCCGUUAUACAACCCCUUUUUACUAGUCCCUCUUCUUUUCCCCAACCCCCAACCCGUGUCUGGCAUGGAGGAACUGGGAUUUGGGCUCAGGCAUAGGUGCGAAGAGGCGACUCCUCAGGUCCAUUCCAUUCCUGGGAACCUGACCCUCUCCUAGAUCAUUUCAGCUUUCGGGGAGUUCUUCGGCCCUCAGGACACUUAACCUAGAUCCGUGGCGGGGCAAACAAAUCCCUGCCUCCGUGGGAGGGGUAAGGGAGCCUAGGUGGGAAUGGAGGAAAGCCGCCUGCGCUGUAUCACGAUCGGGGGGGGCCGUGAGGAAGGACCGGCUGCGGGAUCUGAUCACCCCAGGGCUCCAGCUGAGGGCAUCUGAGAGCGGACAGAGACUGCUGGAAUCACUUGAAAAGCGAACCCCCAGCCAAGGAGAGGAGGACAGAGGGGCCCUGAGGCUGUAAAGGGACGUGGCGGGCAGCCAACUAGGGGGUUGCGCGCAGUGAGCCAGUUAGCUGUCCGAGAGCUGGGGGUGGUGGCUAAGGACCUGAAAGUGGGCCGGGGGAGGGGACAGGUCGAGGUGGGGGUGAGGAGGGUGGGGGUUGUUGAAAGGGUGGGGGGAAAGCGCUCCCUCCGCCCCGCGCUCUCUCCCAGAGUCUCUCCGCCCCCAGCCUCCUUCUUCGCCUCCUUCGCGGAGGUGGCCGCGAUGGCGAGGUUUCCUCGCUCCCGCAUCCCUCAGGUUGCGGCGGCAGCGACUGCAUCGGGUCCAGCAUCCCGGCUCCAGGGCCUGGGAUGGAGAAGGAGGAGCUGCAGGCAGAUAUGAGGCUCUCACUGCUUUCCCUUUCACACUAAUUUGGUGCAGAGGAAAGAGGUCCUUUUUUUCCCCCUGAAGAUGAAUUUGACAGACUGCCUUCAGAUAGCCCCCAAUACUACCUUGCCAUUGUCCCCAAAAGACAACAGCACCUAUUUCCAAGAGGAUCUUCAGGAGAUCAUCCACACUGCCACCUUGGUGACUUGUACCUUCCUGCUUGUUAUCAUCUUCUUCAUGGGUUCCUAUGGCAACGUUAUUGUUUUCAUGUCCUUCUUUGACCCAGCCUUCAGGAAGUUCAGGACCAACUUUGAUUUCAUGAUCCUCAACUUGUCCUUUUGUGACCUCUUUAUCUGUGGAGUGACAACCCCCAUGUUCACUUUUGUGCUCUUCUUUAGCUCAGCUGCCAGCAUCCCUGAUGCUUUUUGUUUUACCUUUCACCUCACAAGUUCUGGCUUCAUCAUCAUGUCCCUCAAAACGGUGGCAGUGAUUGCCCUUCACCGGCUCCGAAUGGUGUUGGGGAAGCAACCCAACCGAACUGCCUCCUUCCCAUGUACAAUGAUCCUUACCUUACUUCUCUGGGCUACUAGCUUCACACUGGCUGCUCUGGCUACGCUGAAAACUAGCAAGUCCCGCCUCUGCCUCCCCAUGUCCAGUCUGAUUACUGGAGAAGGCAAAACGAUCCUUUCGCUGUAUGUGGUUGACUUCGCCUUUUGUGUGGUGGUGGUCUCUGUCUCCUACAUCAUGAUUGCACAGGCCCUGAGGAAAAAUGCUCAGGUAAGAAAAUGCCCUCCAGUGAUCACAGUGGAUGCUUCCCGGCCUCAGCCUUUCAUGGGAGGGGGGCAGCCAGGGGGCGGCAAUAGCAUCCAGGGUUCUGGACCGGCUUUAUAUAGGAACCAGAACUAUAACAAGCCGCAGCAUGUACAAACUCACGGAUACACCCAGUGCUCCAACCAGCUACCAACUCCUGCAGCCAGUCGGCUCCAGCUGGUCUCUGCUGUCAAUCUAUCCACUGCGAAGGAUUCACGAGCAGUGGUCACAUGUGUGGUCAUUGUGCUCUCCGUGUUGCUUUGCUGCCUUCCCCUGGGUAUCUCCCUGGUGCAGGGAGUUCUGUCAGGCAACGGGAGCUUUCUCUUUUACCAGUUUGAACUCUUUGGAUUGACUCUCAUAUUUUUCAAAUCAGGAUUAAACCCUUUUAUAUAUUCUCGGAACAGUGCAGGCUUGAGGAGAAAAGUCCUUUGGUGCUUCCAGUAUAUCGCCCUGGGCUUUUGUUGCUGCAAGCAGAAGACCCGGCUUAGAGCAAUAGGCAAAGGGAGCCUGGAAGUUAAUAGGAAUAAAUCCUCACAUCAUGAAACUAACUCAGCCUACAUGUUGUCUCCAAAACCCCAGAAAAAGUUUGUGGACCAAGCUUGUGGUCCGAGUCAUUCAAAAGAAAGUGUUCUAAGCCCCAAAGUCUCAGCCGGCCAUCAGCACUAUGGUCAGAGCAGCUCAACUCCCAUCAAUACUCGAAUUGAACCCUAUUACAGCAUUUACAACAGUAGCCCAUCCCAGGAGGUGAGCACCCCAAAUAGUGUACAGCCAGUGAACGCUUUUGGAUUUACUAAAUCGCAUAUCGCUAAGCACUAUCACACCACUAACGAUUUAAUGCAAGACUGUGACAGCAUUUCUGCCAAGCAAAUUCCAGUCCCCUCAGUUUGACACGCUAGAGACUAUAGAAUCUUGUAGACACUUCCUUUGAGUUGAUGACCCUUUCUGUUUUGUUUCAAAUGUGUGUGUAGACAAUCAGUUGCAGUUCUAAACUACAAUGAAAGAUGCACAUAAAUAAUUGCCAAUUGUUGGUUGUUUCUUUUUUUUUGGUCUAUGAAUGCUGUUACUUGCCCUUGAAUGAAAAUUAGUAUUUAGUGAUUGCUUUGCAUUUUUCUGGAAAUUGUAAGGGUUGACAUUAUAAUUAUUAUUUAGAUUUACAAUCUGAUCUGUAUAAUAUUGGUUUGUUAAUUAUGUCUAUAUGAAACUUUGAAGAAAUACCAGAAAUGAUUGUUAAUGACAUCAAAACAGUAAAUCAACAAUUUGAGAAGAAUCCAUGUACUCAUUCUUUAAAUUUUGAAUGUGUUGUAUUCUUAAGAGAAUAUAAAACAGCAAGGUUAUAAAAGUGAAUUUUUGAGGAGGCAGUAUUUUUAUUGAAGGAAUGAUGAAAUUUGCAUUUUUUCCAGUGUUUGAAAUAGUUUGGGUUUUUUUAAAGCAUAUUUUCCUUUAGUGUUAUUGAAUGUUUUGCUAUGGCAGAAUAUAACAACUACUUUGCAGGUAACUUAAGGAGAAUUUCUCUUGAAGAUACUUCCAGAGGCAUUGGACCCCAUUUGUCUAAUAAGACAGUAGGCUAAGUAUGCAACAUCUUAAUUAUUGCCAUUCUUUAUUGUAGGCAAUAUCAUAUUGGAUAAUUUCAAUGGUUAUAGAAAAAGAGGGAGGUACUCAGAGGACUACUAAAAAUGAAAUGCUUCAGUAAUCAACAAUCUUAUUCAGGAGUUUAGAGAACAGAGCUGUACCUUAAACAGUAUAUUUUAUGACUAAGGAAACAUGAGCCUUUCUAAUUUUUUCGGUCAGAUCUUAUCUGGGAAGCAAUAAUAACUCUCCUGCAAAAAGAAAUUGGAGUAUGAAUGGGAAUUUUACUAACAAUCUGACAAAUAGAAUAGCCAAGUAAAAAUAAUGUAGUUUUGGGUUUUUGUCUUUGCUUAUUUACAAGUGAAUUCUUAAGAUUAUCUUCAUGUUAUUUCAAAGUAUCUUUCUCAGUUACCUAUAAGUUGCAAAUGUGCAGAGAAUAAAAAAUAUAUUAAAUAUUUCUGUACUUAUGACUUACUUUAUUGUACACUGUGAUCCUAGCGUAACCAGUGUGAAAUUGUUCAGAUUAUUUCGAAUCUUUCUUUUUUAGCUUUGUGCUCAUCUUGGGGAGUUUGGGGAGAAUUACAACAUAAUAAUCAGAAUAGUUUUCAAGUAAAAAUGUAUGGUCAAGCAUUUACAAUUUAUACUUAUUUGAAUUCACUCUACUCAGGCAUAUAAUUGCUAGAUGCAAUUGUAACUUUUGAAGACAAAAAACAUUGCUUAAAAAGUUGCAUGUUCAGAAACAGUUCCGUGGUCUUCUAGCCCUGAUAUCGACUCGCCAUUUUAAUUUCUUUUUCUUUCCUUUUUUUUUUAAACCCUUACCUUCUAUCUUAGAAUCAAUACUGUGUAUUGGUUCCAAGGCAGAAGCGUGGUAAGAGCUAGGCAAUGGGGGUUAAGUGACUUGCCCAGGGUCACACAGCUGGGAAGUGUCCAAGGCCAGAUUUGAACCUAGGACCUCCCAUCUCUGGGCCUGGCUCUCAAUCCACUGAGUCACCCAGCUGCCCCCUGCCAUUUUCAUUUCUGAUUGACUAUUAGGUUGAUUUUUGUUUCUUUGUUUGGUCUUUGAACCGUAGAGUAUAGUAGAAAUAUUGCUAGACACAAUGUCAAAAAUUAUGGGAUCAGUUCUUAUCUACAACAGUUACUAUAUGUCUUACUAUUAGCAAGUCAUUUAGCUCUCUGAGUCUCAGUUUCUUCAUCUAUAAAAUGUGUAUAAUAAAAGCUGUAGCCACUACCUCAGAGUGGUUGUGAGAAUUAUAGUGAGAUAAUGUGUAAAGCACCUUGACAUUUAAAAUACCAUAUUAAUGUCUCCUUCCCCUCCCCCCUUCAUUUUUUUUUAAUCCUUACCUUCUGUCUUAGAAUCACUACCUUGGAUUGGUUCUAAGGCAGAAGAGUGGUAAGGGCUAGGCAAUGGGGUUAAGUAACUUGCCCAGGGUCACACAGCUGGGAAGUAUCUGAGGUGAGAUUUGAAUCCAGGACCUCCCAUCUCUAGGCCUGGCUCCACUGGGCUACCCAGCUGUACCCCAUCCUUCAUUUUUAAAGCCUUUCUACUUUCAUUUGGGGUAGAAUAUAUGUUAUUAACAGAGAUUCCUUACCUCAUUUUUAGUCUAGAACACUGUCGUGAAAAAUUAAUUGUUAAUAUGUUUUUAGAUUUCAAAACACUUAUCACUAUUUUAAUUAGCUCCUGUUUUCCCACAAAAACCCAGAGAGAUAAGUUGGCAUGAUAACAAAAAUAAAGCUGAAAAAUAAAUAACUGUUUAGUAAAAUUUACUCAACAAGUUUUAGAAAAUGAGAAAUUUGUCUUCUCUAAGUUUCAAGUCUGUUACAUAUCUUCAUUUAAGCCACAAAAUUCAUUUAAUUAGGUUAAAUUGUAUUUCUGUUUUUUGUUUAGAUAUUGAUUAUGUGAUUUCAGAACAGUUAUUAUAAAAAUUAUUAUUAUUAUUUUUUACCCCUUACCUUCCAUCUUGGAAUCAAUAUUGUGUAUUGGCUCCAAGGCAGAAGAGUGGUAAAGUCUAGGCAAUGGGGGUGAAGUGACUUGCCCAGGGUCACACAGCUGGUAAGUGUCUGAGGUCAAAUUUGAACCCAGGACCUCCCAUCUCUAGGCUUGGCUCUCAAUCCACUCAGCUACCCAGCUUCCCCCUAUAAAAAUUAUUUUGAAGCACAACUAACUAAAAGAUUUGGUUUUGUGUUUGUACUUGUGAUUUGGAAAACUUUCCAUCUUGGCACCCAUCUUUUGGGAAGGAAAUGUUACAACAUGAAAAACUAGCAUGUACAUAUGAGAUAUUGAAACUUUUUGUUCUCAUCUAUAAAUUAUAUAUUUGCUUUGGUUUGCAUGAAUUAUACGAUAGGCCAGACUUUCAGUCUCUUUUAUAUUCCUUUUUCAUCUUCUUUAAGGGCUAAAAUGGGCAUGGAGAGGAAAGUAAAAGUAGCUGAAUAGGGCUAAAAAGCAGGGAUUAGUUCAUUAUAAUGAGUUCUAUAGAUGUAUUACUGUGAUGCAAAGUGAUGUAUUUUCAAAAAUUUUGUAAUAUUUGUUCUCGACUGUCAAACCAGAUUUGUAUUUCUAUAUUAAUAUCUUAAAAGUUCUUUUAAAAUGAUGUUUGGAGAAUCAUGUAUUAAAAAUUACAAAAUUUCAGAA